AUAUGAGCGAAUGCAUCAUGAGCGAGGUGGAGCAGUGUGUCCGCGGGGUGGAGGCAAGAGAGAGGUGUCCGAUCGAACUCGCCAGAGUUGGGCUCCUAUCCCUGGAUUACAGAAGCUGGGAUCGAUUUCCAAAUGGCAGCAAAGCCUUCUAAUCAUGGGAGGAGGACGGGAGGAGACGUGAAUCGGGCUGGGCAUGUGAAGGUGGCAGUGCCCCGUGUGAGUCAGGCAGCCAGCCCUACCUCCUCGGGCUCCAAGACCCGGGGAGUGGGAGCCCGGUCUGGGCCUAGCAGCCCCCACACACCAUCCAGCGUGGGAGCUCCUACAAACCCUCGUUCCACAGCCCCGGCAGCUCGGAGAGCCACCAGCUCGAGCAGCAGAGAGCCAAUGAGCUCCACAAAGAGUGCUCUGUCCCCCGGUGGGAAGGCCAGCCCAGCUCCCAGGGCAGUGGGCAAGGCCACUACUGCUGCUAAGCAGCCUAGCCGGACGAUCAGCGAGCAGAAGGCAGCAGAAAUUGAGAGGGAGACCUGCGGGCAGCGGGAGAACCCCGAGUGGUCCAAGUGGCGCAGUAACCGUAUCACGGCCUCCGUCGCCCACAAGGUCUCCCACAGCAGGUUCGUGAACGGAAAGAGCAACGAGGUGCCGCAGUCUUACCUCAAGUCCAUCGUGGGCCAGGGGUCCAACGUGCUGACCCCGGCCAUGAAAUGGGGCAUCGAUAACGAGCCCGUCGCCCUCCAGCAGUACGAGAAGCUCAAGUCCAAGGAGAUGAAGCGAGAGGUUGAGGUCCGUCCUUGCGGCCUCUUCAUCGACCCGACCAAGAACUGGCUGGCGGCGAGUCCCGACGGGGUGGUGCAGGACAAGAAGACCAAGACCACGGUGAGCCUGGUGGAGGUGAAGUGCCCGUACAAACACCGCAACCACACCGUCACAGAGGCCUGCGAAGACCGAAACUUCUGCUUGGAGAACAAGGACCAUCUUCAGCUGAAGAAGAACCACCCUUAUUUCACCCAAAUGCAGUGUCAGAUGGCUGUGGCGGGCGUCAACAAAGCGGAUCUAGUGGUUCGCACUGACCGUGAUACUGCCAUUGUCCCCGUGAAGUUCGACGCCGACUUCUGGCAGGAAACAGUGGAGAAGCUGGAAGACUUCCACAUCAGAGCCGUCUUGCCAGAAAUACAGCGGCAAAACCCAGGCUUGGCACAGGAAGAAUAAUUCCGGAGAAACCUGCUGGGGUUUACACUUAAUAGAAACAUGCAGCUGUUUCAUAAUAGAUGCAGGAGUAGGCCAUUCGGCCCUUCGAGCCAGCAGUGCCAUUCAAUAUGAUCAUGGCUGAUCAUCAAAAAUCAGAUAACCGUUCCUGCUUUCUCCCCAUAUCGCUUGAUUCCGUUAGCCCUAAGAGCUAUAUGUAACUCUCUCUUGAAUAGAUGUCCUAUGACUACAUCUCCCAAUACUCCUGCCAUUGGGACUUUAGGAACGAUGCUUUGAGAUUCCUCUGGAUGUAAAGUGGCUUUUGUGACAAAUUGCCGAGAGCUUUAUGAACCAUAAACGUUCACUCUGUUUCUCUCUCCACACAUGCUGCCUGACCUGUUGAGUGUUUUCAAACUUCCUCAGGUUAAUAUUCCCAAUGGUGUGCAAGGAAUUUCAAUUCUCUGGAUGACAGUAAUAUUUCUUUUGCUGUGGGAGCUGGUAUAUUGAGCAGAAAUUGCAGCAGCUUGAGGCUUGUGUCAAACGCAAGGACAAGCGUGGGAAAGCAGCCGGCGUUCAUAAGAUAUAGUAGAAUUAGGCCAUUAGGCCCAUCAAGUCUACUCCGUCAUUCAAUCAUUGCUGAUUUAUCUUUCCCUCUCAACCCCAUUCUCCCCAUAACCCUGACACCCUCACCAAUCAAGAAUCUGUCAAUCUGCACCUUAAAAAUAUCCAAUGACUUGGCCUCCACAGCCGACUGUGGCAAUGAAUUCCACUGAUUCACCAUCCUCUGACUAAAGAAAUUCCUCCUCAUUUUUCUAAAAGCACGUUUUUUUUUUAAUAUUUAGGUUAUGGCCUCUGAUCCUAGACUCUCCCACUAGUGGAAACAUCCUCUACAUAUCCACUCUAUCCAGGCCUUUCACUUUUCCGUGCCGUGUCACGGUGAGAUUUUGGCUACUCCAGCCUUGCCUCGGAAGUGGAUGAUACGUGGGGUGAAACCAGCUCCAUUUUAUGAGGUCAUGUGUCAAAGGUGAAAGGUACAUUACGUCUCUACCUCCUGAUCACGGAGGUUUUGGGAAUGCUGUGUCUUCAAGGUCUGAACUUUGACAAAAAUCAAUUUAAUGUGGACUGCCUCGUGUAUGGAAAUAUGUACCUGAGAAACAGGAGCUGCCUGUCACUUACCCUGCACUAAUAACCAGAGGGAACUUCAUUUGAACUCUGGCCACCCUGUUGCGUCAAACAGGGAAAGCUUUGGAAUGAGUCUGGUUGGCACUUUGUCAUUAAACAAUCGUUAACUGGAGGGAGAAAAUAUUGUAACUGCCUUGCUACGAUUUUUGGUUUGUGAUUUAUGAUGUUGCCUUGAAUAAAUCCCUGCUUAGCCUGCGUGUAACGA